UUUCAAGAGAAGAGGACUCCUUUUUAUUCUCUUUAGGAACGAAAAAAAUGUUUUGAUGUUUUCCAUCUCCAAGUCCUCAUCAUUUUGGUAGAAGAAGGCAUUUGAAAUUUUCAUUCUGCUAUUGAAAUGAUUCUCUCUCGUCCUAAACCCAUUUCCCAACCUCGCCCUCCAACGGUGAAUCAAAGUUAAGGAAGGCGCUACUCGACUAUGAGACCAGCAUUUAUCUCUGUUUGUAGUUGUUUGUGGUAGGCAAUCCGUUGUUGCAUGGUUAUCAGACUUAAUGGCGAGAGGGGUAUGAAAUAAGGGAGAAGAAGAAUUUUAAGAAGGAGUAGUCUAACCUUGGCAAUGGGGGCGCUUAGGUGGGGGAUCAUUUGAAAAGACUACGUCUUGCGGUGAGGGAAAGGGGAAUCAUCAAUUUAUUAAUUCCAACCUACGGAAAACUAAGGUAAUGUGAAGCUGGCAUGUAAUGUGCAGAAAUGGCUGAAGAAUCUAAGAAUGAUGCCGCGGAGUCUAUGAAAUCUACAAAUACUGAGAUUAAGAGGACUAAGAAGAAGAAGGGAGUGCUGUCAGGAUUAUGGGGUGCAUUAUUUGGAGCACAUGGGGACGAUUUUGAGAAGAGGUUGCGACAUAUAUCUAAAGAAGAGGCUGCUAUUAUGGCUAGAAUUACAAGGCGUUCUCAUAAUCAUCGGAGAAGGACUAGGCAUCUGAUUACUUUUUCUGUUAUCUUUGAGGUAAUUGCAGUCGGUUAUGCUAUCAUAACCACAAGAUCUAUAGACUUGAACUGGAAGAUGAGGGCAUCACGAGUCUCACCUAUGUUUCUUUUUCCAGCAUUAUCUUACAUUACUUAUUCAGUGCUUAGAAGCUUCUCAAGGAUGUGUGACCAGAAGGACCACAAGACUUUGGAAAAGCUUCAGGCUGAGAGGCAAACCAAAAUAAAUGAACUAAAGGAGAAGACAAAUUACUACACUACUCAACAGCUAAUACAGAGGUAUGAUCCUGAUCCAGCAGCCAAGGCAGCAGCUGCCACGGUGCUCGCUUCCAAGUUGGGUGCAGAUUCUGGUCUGAAACUAUAUGUGGCGGAUGAUUCUAACCUUAGUGAUCCUACUGGAAAGAGCAAUGAUGUACAAGUUGCAAGAACUACUGGACUACGCCAAAGAAGGGCGUCUCACUCAAAGACCAAUAGCAUCGAAAGUGGAUCAAUUCUUUAUGCUGAAGAAGAAAUGCUUAACAAUGUUGGAGAUGAGGAUGGCGGCGUGUCUCAACAACACCCAUUGGUUAUGAACCAUCACCCUCAAACGGGUUUGAGCUCAAACAACGGAGGAUGGAUUGCUCGACUUGCCGCAUUGCUUGUGGGAGAGGAUCCAACCCAAUCAUAUGCACUUAUAUGCAGAAACUGCCAUAUGCACAACGGGCUUGCAAGGAAGGAGGACUUUCCGUACAUCACUUACUACUGUCCGCAUUGCAAUGCUUUGAAUGGGCCAAAGCAACCAGAGGAUCGCCUUUCUGCUUCCAAUUCCCCGACUAUGACCUCCUUGGCAACUCUGGAGGGUGCAGAAGGUGUACUUGUAAAUAAGGUAUGUAGUCCAGGUGGUAUGACUGGGGAUAAUAAGGUUUCUGUGAGCGGUAGUCAUGUAGCUACUACUGUGGGAUAAAGUUGAAUUUGUAUUUAUCGGUGGAUCAAUCGAUUUAUAGGAGAGUUUGUAUGCGUGUAGGCAUUGAUCCUUCCUCAUCAAAAUACCGAACACAAAAUGGUUGUUAGAAUUUGUGAUUGCAGAAACGAGUGAGGUUCCCCUUUGCAGUUUGUGCAACACAAAGUGUUGUGAUCAUUACUUGGACGGAAGGUUAUGUAGAGACUUUGUUUGUAUUUA